CCUUUCUCAUCUAUCAGCUGUAUACACUUUUACUUUGAGGCCAACUUCGAGGAUCAUCGGAGACUGUGACUGGAAUUUGUCAGUUGAUCCGCGUUCCUCGAUCGUUUUAGUUCAGUAUUAAUCAGUAUUUAGUGAAACAGUAUAUUAAUAAAGGUGUGUGCAUUCAUUGUUUAGGAUUUACGAAUUGCAAAAUUUCAUUAAACACAGCGCAAUAUACAACGCGAAACAUACACAUCAGAGAAGAUUCGAAAAUGUUUUCCCUCGCGAUUGUUGCGUAAAUGUUUUGUUCGUAUAGUUCAAAGUGUUAAUUAUAUAAAUAUCAUAGCCUUCUCAGAAUAUAGGUGUCCCUCUUGUUUCGUGAUUAAUAUUAUUUUCGAUUCCGGGUCGCGUAAUAAUAAUGGUAUAUUGGCUACCGAAGAAACGUUUUGUGAAAAGAGAAGGAAAUAUUUUGAGAAAGUUUCUUUGUUCGGAUGACUGUUUAUGUUUAAUUUGGACUAUGAAGGCAUCUGCACUGAUAUAUCUCAUUAUAUUUGGGCUUCUGCCUGUAAUUUUUCAUUAUUCCUAUAGCAUUCAAAAGAAGAUACUUUUCUUAAAUUUUGUGCAAUGGCCACUUAAUGUGGAGUUUUCCGAUCCAAAAUCAGUUGGAAUGGAAGGUGCUAGAAAUUUUUAUUUACAUACUGAUCAACAAGUAAAAAUAGGUGUAUGGCAGAUAUUACCACGGUCUUUAUUAAAUAAUUCCAUUCCUGCAACAGAUGAAGCUUACGAAGCAGUUUUAAAUAAUUCCACACAACCUGUGUUCCUAUACAUGCAUGGAAACAGCGGUAAUAGAGCAAGUCUGCAUAGGCUCGAGCUUUAUAAGCUUUUCCAAGAUUUGGAUUAUCAUGUCAUAUGUUUUGAUUAUAGAAGCUAUGGUGAUAGUGAUGUAGUUGAACUCUCUGAAGAGGGUGUAGUUAUGGAUAGCAAAUAUGUUCUUGAGUGGGUUUUGAAAAAAGUUAAUGGUUCAGCUCCAGUUUUUGUUUGGGGUCACUCUUUGGGAACUGGAGUCUCUGCGCAUGUAUUAGCUCUACUGGCAACUGAAAAUAUACAACCAGCUGCAUUGUUUCUGGAAGCGCCAUUUAACAACAUAGCGGAUGAAUUAACAGAACAUCCAUUUUCACAGUUAUUCAAACAUUUACCAUGGUUUCAUUGGUUGAUUGUUGAGCCAUUUUAUAAGAAUAAUUUACGAUUUGAGACUGAUAAACAUAUUGCCAAGAUUGAGUGUCCUAUUAUGAUAUUACAUGCCGAAGAUGAUGGCGUAAUUCCAAUCUUUUUGGCAGAAAAGCUCUAUAAAGCGGCAAUAGAUAGUCAUGGAAAUAACACAGAUCAGGUUCAAAUGAUAAAAAUAGAUUCAACCUAUGGACUUGGACACAAGUAUAUCUGUAGAUACAAGGAAUUACCUAGUAUAAUUAAGACAUUUGUCGCUAAAGCAAACAGAAAUCUGACUGAAUAAUUUACCUAGACUAGAAAACUGGAAUUGGAAAUUGUCCCACUGUCCAUAAUUUCUUAGAGAUUAUUUGAUUUUUAUAUGAACAGUUACAUAUUUUCAUGAUCAAAUUUGUUCUAGAACAACCUAAGUAUCUGAAGAGAACACAAACCUAAAGGAACUAUAGAACGAACUAAAAGUCUUAUGAAUGCUUUUCUUAUUUGGAAAUUGUCCACUUUUUCUGUGUAUAUUAAAAAUAUAUUUAUCUAAAAUUUGAUAUUUAAUAUUUUAGAGUAUUAAUGUCCAAUAUGUGUGUGUGGAAGAUUUGCGAUAUCAAACAAGAUUCAGUGCACUCAGUUUAUUAUAUUCACUGUAUAAAAUUUAUUUAAAUUUAUUAAAUAUGUAAAACUUAUUUAUAGAUUAUAUUUAGUUAGUUUAAAAAAAUAUAUAUGUAAUUAUAUGUGUGAUAUAUGUAAGACAUUAAUUCUUAGAGAAUUAGUGUUUAGUGUAUAAUGACAUUUUUAUAUGUCAUAAACAAAUAUAUUCAAAAAUAUGACUCAUCUGUUAACUAAAUGGAAAUAUGUUAAUACCAAAUACUGUGAUAACAGACACAAUUUAAUAGAGAUUAUUAAUUUCAUGUAAUUAAUUCGUAUGUGACGCAGUUUAUAUAUAAAAUAUUCAGCAUUCUCGAAAU